ACCCAAUAUCCCCAUCACUAUGACUUCUAAACACUACUCCAAUCUCGAUCUCAUCAAUUUGGUGGAUAGUUUCCCAAACGCUGCUACACACCCUGUUUCCCACGCGGAGCGCCUAGGGGAAUUGUCCAUCCUCGUUCACAAUACACACACGCUUGGUUAUAUCCUCCCGUCUGUUACAGCCGUAUUAAAAGACGCUAAACUCUCGGGCACGCACUGGAGGUUUGCCGGGAAGGUUAUUACUCUGACCGGUGAAACCACUGAAGAGCGUUCAGAGAAUAUCCGAAAGACUACCGAGUCAUGGAGAGAGAAUGGUAUUUUUGAUAUCCUGAGGGGAUGGAGGAACGAACUAUAUACUGUCUACAGUCCUAAGGGGCGUGAAUAUUUUAGGCUUGAGAGGAGUGCUUGUGCUUUGUUCGGAGUUGUCCAUAUGACGGCAUAUACUACUUGCCCAUUGAAAAUAUGGGUCCCCCGUCGUAACCCAGCAAAGCCUACCUAUGGCGGUCUCUUGGAUAAUACUGUUGCUGGGGGGAUCUCCUCUGGAAUGUCAGUUUUUGAAACCCUGGUGAAAGAAUCUGAAGAGGAGGCCUCUUUCCCGGAAAGUUUAAUUAGGGAGAAAGCGAAGGCUGUUGGGAAUGUGUCUUAUUUCUAUCAGAGAAUGAAGACCGCUGGCGGUGAGGAAGGGCUUUUGCAGCCCGAAGUGCAGUAUGUUUACGACUUGGAAGUUGGGAAUGAUGUGAUCCCGAAACCAUGCGAUGACGAGGUGCAAGAUUUUCACUUGAUGGACAUGGAGCAGGUCCGAAAGGCGAUGUCUUGGGCUAGAGGGAGGCUGACUAUUUCUAUAGUUCUUCUGGACUUCUUCAUUCGUCAUGGGAUCAUUACUCCGGAAAACGAAUCGGACUACCUUGAAAUUGGCUCCCGUCUACAUAGACGCUUAGAAUUCCCAACAUGGUGA